CAGCAUGUUAAGGGGAAAAUAUGUUUAAACAAAUCAAAUUCAAAAAGGCAACUCUGCCUUCGCCCUUCUAACGAUGCUCGCCUCCCGGUCCCAACUCUAACCCUGACGAGAAUCACGCCCGAAAGGAGCCCCCGGGGAAGCGGGAAAAGGGGUCUGGUCCGAGAAUGGUUCCAUCAGCGAAAACUCGAGGUUCAGAGGACUACUCACCUGUCUCCAUAGCGACGGCAGCGGCCAUAACAAGCAGACACACUAAACCGCCCGCAGCCUGACAGAAAAACUGUCCCGAAUGGCGGGGGAGGUUCCGGAAGCCACGGCUCCCACUUCCGGUCGCGGGGCAGUGUGGGAUGCGGGGGCGGGCACAACCUCGCUCCGAGGCGGGCGGCUCCGCCCAUCCCUGGCUCUCUUGGUCAGACCUGCUUUGCCCGCACAGGCCCACAAAUGGAAAGGGGAUAGUGUCCGAGGAGCAAGGUCUAAUGUUUGGAGGGACAUUUCAGCCCCUACAGCACCGUUGUGCUUCUUCGUCAUCUUGUCGUAGCACACUUACCUGUGACAACAUCGUAGUUUUCCGUUUUUGUGCCUGGAGUGAUGUAACACGUCAUUCUGGCGUCAUUUCUUAUCCUGUGACGUAACACGGGUUCUGUGGGCCUCCGGAGGCCUCAUUGGCCCUCUUGGUCCCCUUACACCUGCAGAAUGGCCUCACCCCUUGGAAGUAAGCCGUCUACUUCACGGGUGGAGACUGCCCACUACAAGGAGACGUCGAGCAGAGAGGAGACAUCCUCUCUGCAGGUGCAAACCUCUUCCCUGCAGGUGGAGACCUCCCAGCGUCACUAUGAGGAGUCCUCCCUCUCCCCCUCUGGGAAGCGACUUCCUAAUGUCCUCGAGAUUUCCUCUCAACACGUGGAAAUCUCACAGAGCAAAGAAACGUCGUCCCACCACGUCAGAACCUAGUCUCUAAUGGUGGAGAUGUCUCUGCAACGCGGAGAGCCUGCCAAGAGGGACAAGAAGGCCUCGUACCAGAACGUAAAACUGGCCUGAUGAAAUGCCUCCCAAGGGCUGUGGCCCUUAGCCAGAACAGAAUUGUUUCCACUUUCCAGCGAGCCAGCUGCCAGGAGGACCAAUCAUCUUUAGUUUCAUGGGAACAGCCCAUAAAUCAAUGUAAGAAAUAGUCAAGCUGCGGUUUCUGGAUUCAGCCAACAUUUACUGACCAUGCUGCACCUUGGAUCAUCCCACUUUUGACCCAGUGAACUAUUUUAACUUGAAGCCAGCAUAAAAGGUUUUCAGACCUGUGAUACUGUGUUGACUGGGUUGAUGGACAGAGAGACUGAAUCUCUGAACCAGUAUCUGGAAGACUGCUUUGAACAUGACUCUGAAAAAGACAAACACCUGAUUUCUGUAUGAUUGAUUCUCCAUGAAGGACACAGGAUCCUGUAGCUUCUUCCUGUUAAAUUUGUUUCACAAGAGGGAUUUUAUCUAGUUUUUUUCCUCCAAUUUUUAUUUAUUCAUGUUUCAGAACUGAAAUCCAAAGAGACACACAGAGCAAGAAAGUGUAGAAAAGGACAAGAGUCAUGAAGAAAAAGAUAUCGGCCAUACAAAUAUCUUUUACAGAUUCCAUACCUUUAAAAUGAUUCUUGUAUGUUAAAGAAGCCUGUUUGUCAUAAUUAUUAAUGUACCUAUUGCAUUUUGUGUGUGUUAGCCACACUGUGGGUCAUCCUCCUCACAUGGUCUUCUCUUGGAAGUUCCAAAGGAACAUGGUGCUCUUGUUCCUAUGACAUGCUAUAUAAUGCUAAGCACGAUGUGUGUACUAUAAUGAGUGAAGAGCAGUGUUUUCUCCAUUCCCAGCCCAGAAAGCCUUUAAUGGCUCAGUCUAAUAAACCAUUGGAUUUAUUGUGGUCAGCAGUAGUUGUGACUUGCCUUCAGUGGUAGCCAGCCAGGUUGGAUUGAAAAAUUAAGUACAAAUCCAUCUAAGGAAGAAGUCAGCACUUCUCAUUCUCCUCGUAAUCUUCUCAUUUAUACAUAAGCUGAGGGCAGUUUACAAAAUUGAUCAUAUAUAUUUACUAUCUGUUGUGUUUAAAACACUUGAAAUGAAAAAAUGAUAUUGAUGGGAUUCUCUUUCCCCAAACUAACACAAGCCAUGGAAGAACCAUGGGUCCAACAGCAAGGUUUUUGGCUCAAGUCCUGAUCUAGAUUUUCCGGAAUUCCCAUUCCUCUGUUCCUUCUGUUACUCCCACCCCAGUAUGGCUAAUGCAAAUAUCCAAGUCCUGGAUACUUGAUCCAACUUCUAUUUGGUUUAAUAACCUUUAAUUGUGUAUCUCCUACAAACAGUCUAAGCCCUUUCCAUUCUACAUAUCUCCCUGAGUAAUCUAUAUGGUUAGAAUUGUAUGGCUGCAAAUAACAAAAACCUGCCCAAAAUGACUGAAACACAACAGUAAAUCCUAUGGCAUUUCAUCCCAGUAAUGCCAUCAGAGGUCCAGUUUGUGUUUCUGCUAUACCAUCUUUAGCACUGUUUCUUUGUCUUCCUGCUUGCUGCCUCAUGUAUACAAGAUGCUUUUGUACCUCCAGCUCUCCCACCUGUAUCCAGUCACAGAAGGGAAAAGGGAAGGGAUUGAGUGGUUGUUUUUUCUACCAAGAUUUUGCCUUAUUAGUUGGGAAGGGAAACCUUUCCCGAGGACUUCUGUUUGCAUCUCAUUGGCCAAAACUGAAUUAUAAUGACUACCCUUAGCACAGAGGAGUUAGGGAACUCAAGUGUGGCACUUCUUUCAGGUGGUCUUUAAUAGUUCUCUCAAAUCUCUAAGCGAUAACCUUGUUCUUUUCAUUUCUAGGGCAUCGUUGACCAGAGAACUUAGAGUAGGUCCCUCAAAGCUAUCAGAAGGCAUUCCUUAUGACCUUUGUCUCAUAUUGGUGCUGCUGAUGGAAUUUCUGAAAUAUAUUUUUGCUAGAAAAUAAGUCUCUCUUUUUUUUUUUCUCCUUUCAGAACUUUAAAGGUGUUGCUUUUGUUAUCUUCUGACUUACAUUG